GUGGGUCGUCGUCUUUGGACGGCCAGCUCGUCCCACGUGGCCCGGGGAGGAGUUCUGCCGUCCGGCAUACCACGGCCGUUGACACCCACUGCCGUGCAGGCGGUGGUCGACUCUGUGGUCUCCAGCUCUACAGCACCCAGCCGUACCAUUGAGGACCGAGUGCGCAUGGAAUUCGGCUCUCAGGAUGCGAGUUCCGAGCAGUGGCCGAAGGGCCGAGGAAGCACCGGUGGCUUCACGGUCCGAUCCUACAGGGCCUCUCUGGUUGGCUCGGACGCAGAGGAGGUGUCCCAGGCCUCCGACACCCUGGAAGCAGAGAGCGGACGCCUGUUUAGGAAGGCCGACGUCCUCUUGGCCUUCGACCUCUAUCGUGACGAGUACUGGCUUCGCGAGGGCGGCGGCAUGCGCUCGCUGCUCAAGGCUGGUCUUCCUUUGCACCCGGACAAGCAUGCGACCAGCCACGAAGCUGCCGAACGGCGGAAAGCGGAGAUCUCACUAAUGCUGAAGGAAAUCGCGGAGGAGAAGCCUGCAGCUGUGACGCCCACGGCAUCAAUGGAGCUCACGUUGCGUGGUUUCCUACAGGCCGUGUUUCCCUUUGCGAAGAAGACAGACAUUCGAACGAUGCUGCGCUGGAUCAAGCACCCGCCGUCUGAUGACAAAGUGAAAGCCGGGAAGGCGACCUCGAUCAAGCCAGAUUUCGGAUUGUUGCGGGACCUUAUUGACCUAUUCGACGCCAUCGACUCCACGCGGACACACUCGGUGCCGGUGGAAGCUGUGGAGCAGUUCCUGUCAGGUGAGAUCAUUACCCAGGGCGAGACGGCCCGACUCCGCCAGCGACGUCAAGCGCGGACCGAUCUCCGGAGCGUCACCCACGCGGCCUGCUUUGCGCAUAACCCCCGGGUGGCCCUGAUCCUCAACCGAAUGCUGGAGGACCGAGCCGACUGGCAAGUGGCUCUCCCCAGCCACGAUCCCCGUGGCAAGAGGCAUACGGUGGCUAGCCAUGCGUGGAGAGCGCUGGAGCUGAAGAUGGACACGCUGGCUGCGACUCUCGAUGAAGAGCUCCACGCUUUGGCACAUGGCGAUGAACACCUGCUGAGCGAGAGCAUCGAGGCGGCCUGCAAUCCCUGGCAUCACGACGACUACGUGGAGCGCGUAGAGACGGAGGAAG